CCACUGAUUUGAAUGUCAUGCACGGGUAUUUUUUCCUCUCCUCGAUUAUCUUCAACUCAAGUUUCGUCUGUCAACUGUAAGAAUAGAGCAACCCACGAAAAGUCACCGAAAAUGGAACAGGUGUCGAUUAGCGUGAGCCUUCUGCAUGUUUAACGGAGCGAAUAAAGCAGACGGAGGCUAAAUUCCAACAAUGCGCUUUAAAGGGAGAGUGCAGUGAUUUGAAGUCCUGCUCGCUUUUCUUCUCUGCUCCGGCUAGCCAGGGCUGGGUCCCGUUACAGCUGGGAGGUUGCGGUUCGCCAACAUUUCCAUGGCGGACCAGGAAUAUCCUGAAGCGGUACUGGUGAACGAGGCCGGGCCGCAGUGGCUCCAAGUCGAGGUGGAACGCCUUUCUCGGGAGCUGCGUGAAACAACGCAGGAAAAGAUCCAGGCGGCGGAAUAUGGACUGGCGGUCCUGGAGGAGAAACAGCAGCUCAAGCAGCGAUUCGAUGAGUUGGAGACCGAGCAUGAGGCGGUCCGACAGGAGCUGGAUCAGCUUAGAGAGGCCUUCGGCCAAGCGCACUCAGCCCACAGGAAAGUAGCAGCAGACGGAGAGAGCAGGGAGGAAUCGUUGAUCUUGGAGUCGGCCAGUAAGGAGGCGCAGUACCAGCAGAACAUUUUGGAGCUGCAGAAUGAGCUUCGCCAGGCCAAAGUCUCAAUUGCCAGUGUGCAAGCUGAGAAUGAGCGCCUGUCACACAUCGCUUUGGAAAUGAGAGAGACCUCUGACCAGGUGGAGCUGCAGCGCAGUCAGCUGCGGGAUGACAUCCGAGAGUAUAAGGUGCGGGAGGCCCGCCUGCUGCAGGACUGCAGUGAAUUGGAAGAGGAGAACAUCUCUCUGCAGAAACAAGUGUCUGCACUACGACAGAACCAGGUGGAAUUUGAAGGACUCAAGUACGAGAUCCGCCGUCUGGAGGAGGACUCCCAGUGCCUGAACAGCCAGCUGGAAGAUGCCAUGAAGCUGAGGGAGAUCGCCGAGCGCCAGCUAACCGAGGCCUUAGAGACGAUUAAAACGGAACGUGAGCAGAAGGCCACUUUACGCAAGGAGCUCUCGCACUACGUGACCAUCGGCGGCUCCGUUUACAACGGCUCCUUCAAUAUCUCCUUCGACAACCUGAAACUGCACGACGAACCCUCCGCAAUCUCCGAUCUGGACAACGACGACUUGAUCCGAGGCUUUGAGAACGGCUUGAUCAAGGCGGGCGAAGGUAAUAAAGACGACGAUUCCUCGGCAGGCCAGAGAGGAGACUCCUUCAAGCCUGCGCCGAGCCUGGUGGACGACCUGCUGAGCGAGCUCAACAUUUCUGAGAUUCAGAAACUGAAACAACAGCUUGGACAGGUGGAAAGGGAGAAAAUGGCCCUCAUCAACACUCUGCAGGAGAACCAGAAGCACCUUGAACAGGCCUACGGAACCGUAUCCGAGCAAAAGGAAACAGUCAACAGACUCACUGAGAACCUUACCGCCAUGAGGAAGCUUCAGGCCAGCAAGGAGCGUCAGUCCGCCCUCGACGGGGAAAAAGAUCGUGACAGCCACGAAGACGGAGACUACUACGAGCUGGACAUCAACGGGCCGGAGAUCCUCAAGUGUAAAUACACCGUGGCUGUUUCUGAAGCCGGCGAGUUGAGGCAGGAGCUAAAGACACUUAGGGCACAGUACGAGAAUUGUCGAAGCCAGUACCAAGACGAGCGGGCGCGUCUGGAGAGUGACCUCCAUGAGCUCAGAACAAAGUUAGCGUCCCUGGAGAAGAUUAGCCAAGCGGAUAAAACGGAGAUGGCCCGUCUGGAGAAGGAGCUCCGUCUGGUUAGCCAGACCGCGGGGGAAUCACUUGGCAGUCUCAACGUGGCCCAGGAUGAGCUCAUAGUGUUCAGCGAGGAGCUGGCUAAUCUUUACCAUCACGUUUGCAUGUGCAACAAUGAGACCCCCAACCGUGUUAUGUUGGACUACUACAAAGAGGGCAAAGCAAUGGUGAGGCGAGGACAAGAAGCAAAGGCACCCCCCUCUUCUGUACUUCUCACUAACGGUCUCAUUCCCGAAACCGACGCUAAAAAGGAGGACUCCGCAGACAGCGCCGUCGUUUCGGUCCCAGAGCAUCGCCCGGAGCCCAUGAACGUCUACAACCUGGUCGCCAUCAUCCGAGACCAGAUCCGCCACCUGCAGCAAGCGGUGGACCGGACCACUGAGUUGUCCCGCCAGAGACUGGCCAACCUUGAGCUGAGCGCGGUGGUGGAUAAGGACAAAGAGGCUUGCAUGGAGGAGAUCCUCAAAUUAAAGUCUCUUCUCAGCACCAAGAGAGAACAGAUCGCCACGCUCAGAGCUGUGCUCAGAGCCAACAAACAGACGGCUGAGGUCGCACUGGCUAACUUGAAGAGCAAGUACGACAGCGAGAAGGCCAUUGUGACCGAAACAAUAUUGAAGCUCCGCAAUGAACUCAAGGCUUUAAAAGAAGACGCCGCCACCUUCUCCUCCCUCAGAGCCAUGUUUGCUUCAAGGUGCGACGAUUAUGUGACCCAGCUUGACGAAAUGCAGAGGCAACUGGCGGCGGCCGAGGACGAGAAGAAGACGUUGAACUCUCUGUUGCGAAUGGCCAUCCAGCAGAAACUGGCCCUCACCCAGCGUCUGGAGGACCUGGAGUUUGACCACGAGCAGGCGCGCCGCAACACUGCCACUAUGGCGGUGGGAAAGGGCAAGACUAAGAGCAAGGGAGCCCCGUCCAGUACUCGCUAAAUCUCUCAAGUCAAGUGUCCUUGAGGCGUCCGAUGAGUGUGCAGUUUCCAGACAUCUGUGCUCUUAAUGUCGUCCCUCUAAUUGCAUUCCAAAUUAUGCAUACCCAACAAGGGCCUUGUUUUAUAGUGCCAAAAAGUUUUGUAAACUGUUACACACCACAUCAGCAGUCUCUGUAGUCCUUCAGGUUUCCAAGAAUGGACGACAACACACGAGUCAAUGGAAGAGCACCAUUAUUGAUGAUCAAAUUUACUGCCCAUGUGUGUGUGUUACCCUGACUGAGCACUUUGCAUUUUACUUGUUGCCACUUCCUUUCAAAAUAUUUUAUCCACCCCACUUUUCUAAUAUUGUGAAAUAUUUUUACAGAAAGUGCUUUUUUUUUUAAUCUGCCAGGCUCAUCAUCAUUUCCAAGUUAUUCACUGGCUUUUGUUGUUUAUUUGUAUUUAUUUUAUAGCAAGAGGUCACCUUGUGGAAAACCUUAAUUUUCAAUCUGUUGCUUGAAAUCAUGAAAAAAAAUUAAACAAAUGACAAUUUCUGUUAGAUAACAGGAAGGAAAAUAAUAGUUUCCAGCAUAAUGAUCAACUACAGAAUUAAGAGUAAAUGAUCUCUGUAACCAUGGCAGAGCAAAUUAUGCUUGUCAUCAGUAAGGAAGAGUAUUAAAUGCAAACGUUUAUUUAAAGCUGUCUAAGUUAAAGUCAGAUAAUAAUAAUGCAUAUUCACGAAUUUUAUUUACAAAAAAUGUCGUGCGUCUGUGUUGUACUGUAUAAGAUAAAAAAAAACACAAAAAACUUUUCUUUAAAAAGUUUGCCUCCAGUGCCAUUUCAUGUGAUGGUUGUAAGUGCAAUUUCCAAGAUUGGAUAACUCCUACCCUUGGUCAUACCAAGUGAAAAUCAUGUUACACGGUGUUUGUCACUUUCUCCUACUUGAGUUGUAUUUCAUUAUAACAUUAUAACAGUUAUUGUUCAGUUGUGUUGAACAGAGGUGGAUAGUCAAAACAAUUUCACAAAGACUUGUGGUAAAACACUAGCAAAAAGUCAUCAUGACUGCAAAACUGUUAGUUUGACUGGUAAACAAAUAAAAUGCUCUAACUCCCA